UCCAUUCCUCCCAGUCUACAGGCUCGUCAAGCGAAGAAAUAAACAGAAGCGAGCGCAGAGAAAAGAAGACAUUCCUCCCUCCCCUCCCCCUCACUAUCUGUCCAUCUUCAUCCAGUCCUUUCAUUCAUGGAGAGGAAUUAUCCCGCUGCAGGCUUCGGUGAUCUAGGGGCUGGGACGGGAUGGAGUUACGACAGAUCGGGCAAAGCAAGCCUCGUGUAUGGGAGCUCCAGGUCAUCCCAUCCAGACUCAGAGCUGCUCCACCGGCAAACCUAUGGCACCCCUCAUCCCCUCCAGGGCUAUGCCACCAACCACCACCCAGGAAGCUCCAGACAGGGUGGAGGCUGGGGUGCUGCUGGACGCACGCUUGGCCUGUCAGGGCUGUUUGACACCGGCCUCCACCAUGCCAGCCCCUCGGGUCCUGACCCCUCUGUCAUGAAUCUGAUUUCAGCUCUGGAGUCACGGGGUCCACAGCCGCCACCCUCUGCUUCCUCACUCCUCUCUCAGUUUCGCACUCCCUCUUGGCAGACUGCAAUGCAUACACCGGCCCCAGCGGAGCUCUUUAUUUCAGGGGCACUACCUGGUUCCAGCUCCUUCCCCUCCUCCUCAGCCCUUUCUGCAUACCAGCAUCCUGGCUCCUUCUCUGGACGAUCUUUCACUCCCUCAUUAUCCCUGCAGGACACGCCUACAUUUAGCCCAACUUCCAACAGUUUGCUUUCCCCCCAUGAUCCACUGCUGCACAUCAAAACACCCUCCCAGGCCAGCUUGGGCUUCGAUCGCUUGCUGUCUUCCCAGAGUGCCAGUUACCGGGGCUCACAGGAGCCCACGGCCCCUCCUCAGUCCCAAGCCCCUCCCACCUCCUCCAGUUGCCACCUGCCCCCUCCCCAGUUCAACCUGUUGUCCUCCCAGCUCCACAACCAGUCCUCCCAGCUCUAUAAUGCCUCCAUGUUCUCUUCCACACCAGCCCUGCUGCCUACGGCACCCCCUCUACCACAGCCUCCUCCAGAGAGGGCAGUUUCCCGCCAGGACAGUGUUAUUAAGCAUUACCAACGCUCCUCCCCUGCCCAGUCCGCAACACUGCCACCACAGCAAUAUAUAAGCUGUGGUGGGUCAUCAAGCUACCAGCAGAUAGCCAGCCACCACCGGCAUGCUGGAUUGUCCUGCAGUCCCCUUGGGGAACAGAGUCCAUCCUCUGACCCCAAGCCCUCACCACGGUUGGAAUCCAAGACAUAUCGACCUAUCAUCCAAACCCCUUACACAUCCUCUUCCUCCAGUUCCUCAGCCCCUCAUGUUGCAUCCUCAUCCAGCACUAAGGGAACCAAGAGUUCCAGCUCCAGUAGUGGCUACUCCUCUUCAGGCUCAGCAUCAUCCUCUUCUCGUACCCCACACACUCCACCAUCAGCCUCCUCCACUUCCUCUUCAUCCUCUUCUAGCUCCAAGACAAGCACUGGCUCCUUGUCUGCUUCUUCUUGUCAGCAGCCCCCACCUCAGUCAGCACAGGUGCCACCUCCUCUACCAGUGGUGUCAUCCAACCUUGUUCAGCAACCAGCACCUAAGCAAUGCCUUUCCACCUAUGGCUCUCCACCUGUGGCAAAAUCGAGCGCAGGUCUACCAGACCAGACCCCUCCCCAGCAACAUGCUCAGUCCUACUCUCCCAACCAGCCUCCAUCCACACACAUGGCCCAGUCUUAUGGAGGCUUUAACUCACCACAUGCCCAGGACCUGAGCACUGCAGCAGGGGGUACUGUAGGGAAGGCUUUCACUGGUACUGGCUCAGGAGGUCGCUCGUUUUCUGCAGAAAUAGUCUUUGGGGACUCAAGCUAUGGCUCAACUUCUCUCAGAAGAGCAGGCAGUCCUUCCUUAGGGUAUGGGAGUGCUGGAGGAUCAACAGUAAGUGGACCUGUAUCAGGAGCUGCCGCACUUGGUACUGGAGUUGGAUCUACAGAAUCAGGGAGUGGGGCUAGUAGUGUUGGUAAUGGAGGCAGCAGCUCUUACCACCUGCCUGAGUCUAGUCCCUCGCCCUCCAUUAAUUCUACUAUCAGUCGCCCUGGAUUGCACUCUCCUGCUUCAGCUCGUGCUGCACAGUCCCCUGUAGGCUCAGGGGCCACUAAAUACCUGUCCUCCAUCCUCUCACCUGCUUAUAUGUCCUCACCACAAGGUUUCCCUGAUACACGACAAGUGCAGAGCCAGUCCUACCACACAACACCACCCAAGCCAAAAACAGAGACCAACAUACUGGGAGUUGAGCGAUCCCAAGAUGAGGAAGAGGAUGAUGACGAUUUCCUCAUCCACCACUUACUACAUGCCCAGAGCUCAACUCCUCAUCUUUCCCAGCAUCGGCCAACUCCUCAGCAACUACCCCAGCCCCUCCAACAAGCUAGGGAUGUGGAAGGCAAAGGCUAUGACAUUGACAAGAUCUCAGAAGAGCGCUACCACCUUCAGAGUGUCAUUCGUACCAAUAGUAUUGCUAACAGUUCUGAUCCUGGAACGGCAAUUGAUGAUGGAGCAAAUGGCUUAAACAGUCAGUUGGAAAUAUCACAGAAGAAACAGCAACAGGCCAAAUCAGAGUUGAUCAUAUCAAAGUCCACUGCUGGAGGGGUAGGAGGGGUCACUGACUCUCUUUCCCACUCCCAUACUACCCACUCCCAUCAACAACAACAUGACUCCUUGGGCUCUGUGGUCCAUUACGGAAGAGGGGACUCCUACACACAGCACUCCCACCACACCUCACAUGUGUCCUCACACUCUCAGCAACAUUCUCAGCAUCCCCAAAUCUCCCAGCACUCUCGGCACACUCAACACACACAACACUCUCAACAUGCUCAGCAUAGUCAUCCUCAUUCCCACUCUCACAGCCAUCCUCACAUGGAGCUGAAGAAGCCUUCAGAUGCAAAUGACAACGCCUACUUGUGUAACACACCAGAUGUGCAGCAAGCUCGACAAAGCCAGGUCCCCCUCUCGAUGAUGGAUUCCCCGCCAGACCCUCCCCAGCAAACUCACAUGCUGCAGUCUGUCCUUUCUCAUACCACCCGCACUAAGAUUGACCCUCAGCAAGUCCCUCCACAGCAACAGCAACAUCCUUUGAACCAGCAGGCUAUGAUGGGUUCAGCCGGAGGAGCAGGGCCUGCCGGGGUGGAAUCCCAGCCACAGAACCAGUCCUCGCAGUUGCAACUCCAGCUCCAGACCCAGCGUUUAGAUCCCCACUACAGCCUUGGAGCCCAGUCCAGAGAUCAAACCCGAGCCAAUCAGAACUCAGUGUCUUCCCUAGACAUGCUAGACCAAUCUCUUUCCCGAACAAACAGCAGAGUUAGUGGAGGAGCUCUGGACAGAACAGGAGUUGGGAUGACUGGAGGGGAAGGAGGUGGUGGAGACAGACAUAGACAGCAGCAUAGACUUCCACCACACCACCAUCCCCAACAAACCUCCUCAGAUCUCCAUGACUUCCUCUCUGAACCAGAUUUGGGCUUGUCCACCCCCUCACACCUGCACCACCUCAGCCAGCCUCAGACCCAUGCCCACCCCCAUGCCCACCAUCAACAGCAAGCACACACUCACCAUCAGCUGGCACACUCUCAGUUAGGUCACACACACUCCCACCAGAUGGCAGCAAGUAUGGGAACUCCCCAACAACAGCAGCAGCCGCAACAAAGAGAGCCUGAAACUCUGUCACAUUCCCAGUUAGACCAACUCAAACAGCACCAGUUUGACACAGUGAGCCCAGUGAGUAAAGUAGGACAAAAUCAAGUUCAGCAGCGGUUUACCCCUCUAACAUCCAUCUGCUUUCCAGACUCUCUCUUACAUGAUGAAGACCGCUCUUUCUUUCCUGAGAUGGAGGAAAUGUUUUGUUCAACUGAUUACAAGUCAAGCUGUGCCGAGCAUUCUGGGGCAGGACAGGGUGCUCAAGAAAGCCUUUCCCAAGGCCACGGGCAGGGGCAAGAGGGUAUGGAGGCCUUAAAAACAGGAGGUGCUGGGGAGGGCUAUGAUAUGGGCAGUCAUCACAGCGAUCAAGGCUAUGGACAGUAUUGCCACAACCUACCAGGAACAGGAAACAGCAAUCUACACUUAGACCUUGACUCUAUGAAGACCCAUGAGCUUCCCUCCACUGUGAAUACUGACCAGCUUGGCCUCAUCCAAUCGCAAACACCCACUAUGGGGAUGAGUUCGGCAGUUCAAGGGGAUGGCUCAGUCAACAAGAUGAUGGGAGCUGUAGGGGUGGGUGGAAAUUCAGGUACUGCUGGUCUGACCUCACCUAUAUUCUGUUCUUCCCGACCCAAAAAACUGCUGAAGACCAGUUCAUUUCACUUGCUCAAACAGCGGCGUGAGCCACAAAUUCAAACGAAGAAAAGCUAUGCGCAAGAGUAUGAAUUUGAGGAUGAUGAGGAUAAAGCGGAUGUUCCAGCUGAUAUCCGCCUCAACAGUCGGCGACUUCCUGACCUGCUCCCUGACUUGGUGUCUAGUUGUAGGAAGGCGGCUGGGGCAUCAGGAGUAAGCGGGCUCAGUCCACUGAUGGGUGACAUGGACUUCUGCCACCCCUCCAGCUACUCUUCCCUUGGACACCCUCCACAGCUCCUCCCUCAUGAUGGCCCUAAAAAAAGAGGCAGGAAACCAACUAAACCAAAACGUGAAGGCCCUCCUCGCCCACGAGGUAGACCACGCAUACGUCCUCUUCCAGAGCCUCCCUACUGCAGGGGGCUGAUGGGGUCAGUGCCCGGAGAAACUAAGAGGGGUCGUGGGCGGGGUCGAGGGCGAGGCAGGAGGGAGGAAGCGCUUGUUGAAAUGCAUCAAGAUAUGAACAAAGCACAAAGCCUCCCAUAUCAUCAGCAGCAGCAGCCGACUCGACAGCAACAGUUCAGCCAACAGCAUCCACAUGAACAUCACCAACAGCAGGCAGACCACCUCCAAGCACCACAACAGCAGCAUCACCUGCAUCAUCAGCAGCAGCAGCAGCAGCAGCAUGUCCCCUGUACUCUCCAACAGCCACAUCAUCAACAGCAGCAACAUCAACAACAGCAUCAUCAUCAACAGCAACCAUCCCAGCAGCCACAGCAAGAUCCAAUCAGACCUAUCAAGAUCAAACUGCCCGUUCCUGCCAUGCCUCCAUCAGAAUCCUUGUUGAGGACAGACUCCAUGAACAACACUGAGCCAAUCCUGUCAGAUGGAUUAGUGGGGUCGGCACCAACUCUGGGCCUGAGUCCUGGACCCAGAACUGCUAUGGACAUCAGCAGAAAUGAGUUGAACCAGACUCAAGAAGAGAUGCAGAAGUCUGUAGAGAUGACGUGGAAGAAAGAAAUUGAUGAUCCGUUGAAUCCUGAAGCCUGGGCUGCUAUGCAGAAGCUCUCCAGUUCAGCCGAUGACAAGGCUUUUGACUUCAAACCUGGCUUUAUGGCCUCUUUUUUAGACUUCCUGAAGACAGGCAAAAAACAGUCAGGUCUUGAACUGGGAAAUGAUGGAGGUGAUCAGGAACCCCUACACCCCUGUUCCUCUCUGAAGGGAGGGAUCAGGCCUCUAUCCCCACCUCCUCCUCCCCUACCACAAACUCCUCCACAGCAGCAACAAGGAACAUACAGCGAGGGAGGGGAGGCCGACGGGGCAGACCUGGCUCUCAGCAGCUGCUCCAGUCCUUGCAAGCCACUUGAUGAGGAGCUUAAAAGGAACCUGGAGACGCUGCCCUCCUUCUCCUCUGACGAAGAGGAUUCCGUCAGUAAAAACCAGGACCUACAGAAGAGCAUCUCAUCUGCCAUCUCUGCCCUCUACGACACCCCGCACUCAUUAGCUGCUGCUAUGGCUUCUGUCAUGGUCAAGGCCCCGUCCAGCAUGUCUCCGCCUACCCCACAGGAGCCCCCACAGCUCAGUCCCCCUCUCCCUGCCAUGCCUCCUCUCAUCCCCAGUAUGGAGAAUGGAAAAGAGGAGGCGCUGUCGUACACACAGGAUCACAUACAGGACAAGGAAGAGCAAGAAAUGCUCUCCCCACCAUCAAAAAGAGAAACAGAACAGGAGAGUGAGGCUAAGCAAGAAGGAGAAGAGGAGAAGGAGGAGCGUGGGGAGAAUGAAGAUAAUGGAGAAAUAAUGACAAAUCCACAGAAUGUUGAGCAGGAAGCCUUCGAAGAGCAGGAGGAGAUGGAAGAGGAAAGGAUGUCAGAAAUGAAGAUUUUGGAGGUUCCUAAGGUUGAAGAUUCUCCAUUAGGUCCUGUGCCUGCUCCUGCACUUCCAUCCCCAUCACCGUCCAUCUCCCCCUCCCCACCCACCUACUCUUCACCCUCGCCCCUCCCUCCCCUGUGUCUCUCCUUACCCUCCCAGCUGCCGAUCCAGCAGGAUGAGGAGGAGACAAAUCCAGCUUAUCCUCCCUCUGAGAAGCAGCAGUCCUCCUACCCGCCGGCUCCAACCGCAGGUACCUCCCCACCCCCCUCCACCUCCCCUCCUGCUAUCCCGUCCUCACCGCUUUCCAACCUGCCUCUCGGCCAGUCCAUUCCCCCUCCAUCCACCACACCUCCCCCAUCAUCCUCUGACCAGGACCUGGAACCCGAAGCUGAGCAGCCUUCGCCCGCAUCACCCACCUCUUCCUCACCCUCUUCAUCAUCCUCUCCACCACCGUCACCUCCGACCCCGGAAGAGGCCCCGGCAUCCCAGCGUCUUACCUCCCUCCACCUGGCGAAGAAGCAGGCUGACGCAGCCAUCGCUGGGGAGAGCGAAGAGGAGGACAGUGAGAGCGGAGGAGAGGGAAUCUUCCGCGAACGGGACGAGUUUGUGGUUCGAACAGAGGACAUCGGAACGCUUAAGAUGGCCUUGCAGACAGGUCGGGAGCCCCCGCCCAUCUGGAGGGUGCAGAAAGCCCUGCUCCAGAAAUUCAGCCCAGAGAUCAAAGAUGGUCAAAGACAGUUUUGUGCCACAAGUAAUUAUCUGGGUUACUUUGGAGAUGCCAAAAUGCGCUACCAGCGUUUGUAUGUGAAGUUCUUGGAGAACGUCAACAAAAAAGAUUAUGUCAGAGUGUGCUCUAGAAAACCGUGGCAUCGAGCCGGUCUCAGCCUGAGACGCCAGUCACUACCUAAACAGCUGCCUACCAUCCACAAUCAAACCCCACCUCGAGUGGAGAGAGAUGACAAGGACAGACAGAAAGAGAGAGAGCUGAAGGAGCAGAGGGAAAGAGAAAAAGAACAAAGAGAGAGGGAGCACAGGGAGAAAGUAGAAAGGGAACAAAAAGAGAGGGAGCGGAGAGAGAAAGAGGAGAGAGAACAAAAAGAGAAGGAGCAACAGGAGAGAGAGCAGAAAGAGAGGCACUGGAAAGAAAUAGAGAACAUGGAGAGGGAAAAAGAGGACAGAGAGCAGAAAGAGAGGGGGCUUAGAGAGAAUGAGGAAGAAUUGGAGAGAGAGAGUGAAAGAAGGGAGAAGGAGACGAAGGAAAGGGAGAAAAGAGAUAAAGAGCAAAAAGAGUGGGAGAGAAGGGAAUAUGAGAGGGAGAGAAAAAAGAGAGAACUGAAAGAGAGGGAUAGAAGAAACAGGGAGCCGAGAGAAAAGGAGAAACAAGAGAGGGAGAGGAAAGAAAAACAGCUGAGGGAGUGGAAAGAGAGGGAGCAAAAAGAAAAGGAGAUACAGGAGAAAGAGCAGAAAGAAAAGGGGAAAAAAGAGAGGGAGCAAAGUGAAAGGGAGAGGCAGGAGAGAGAGCAAAAAGAGAGAGAAAAGAGAGAAAGGGAGUGGAGAGAAAAGGAGAAACAGGAGGGGGAGCGGAGAGAGAAGGAGAGGGAGCUGAAGGACAGAGAGUUGGAGAAAGAAAGGGAACCAAAAGAAAAGGAGGGAAGAGAGAGAGAAAAAGAGAAGGAGAAACAGAGGAAUCAGGAGAAGGAGAAAAGGGAGAGAGAGGAGCGAGAGAAGAGGGAUAGCACGGUGGAGUUUGCAAGGUUAAAGGAGGAGAAGAGAGGAGGAGAGAAGAAGAUAGAGCGCCGGCCCAGAGCCAAGACUUCGAAGGACAAGGCAGAGCCCCCUCCCAAAAAGAGGAAGAAGUGGCUGAAGGAGGUGCCGUCCUCCUCCUCCGAGUCCGACUCCUCCAUACCCAGUGAUGACGAAGGACCUGUACGGGGCGGAGUUAACAGCCGAGCGAUGAGGGAGAUUUUCAGGAGCUAUGUGGAGAUGCUAGUCAGUACGGCACUCGACCCCGACAUGAUCCAAGCACUGGAGGACACUGAUGAUGAGUUGUACCUCCCACCCAUGAGGAAAAUUGAUAGCCUGCUUAGUGAACAGAAGAAGAGGUUGUUAAGAAGAGUCACCAUGAGUGUUCAGCACCAGGAGGCGUUACAUAUAUUCCCCAAAAUGAUGGCAGACCCGCUGGAAUCUGGAGCUGUCAAAGUUCACCUCGGUGGGGAGGGAUACAACCGCAAAACCCUCAACCGUGUCAAGAGGAGUAUUCCUAAACAACAGGAUCUGAAGCUCUCAAUUGAAACUUGCCGGAUCUACAGUCUGUAUCAUUCCCUUCACCACUACAAAUAUCACACCUUCCUGCACUGCAAGAAGGAGACGGACAGCAUCGAGCAGGCAGCGGAGGACCCAGGCCAGGAGGAGGUGGUGCAGCAGUGCAUGGCUAACCAGGGCUGGCUGGAGAGUCUCUUUAACUCCUUCAUGGAACUGCUGAGCCUCAGUGCCAAGGCCUGAAAAAGCGUCUCAAACUCACACAUCCACCUGCAGUGUGACGGAGAUGAAGGCAUUUAGAAUCUGUGAUACAAAAACUACAGAAGCUGUGCGGAUGCUGGAACAGUCGCUGUUGGUUUGUUUGUUGAAGGUUAAACUUUUAAAAGUGUUUGUUUUAUUAUUGAGUCCAUUUUAAAGUACCUCUUUAUUUCAAAGAUGGAGAGUAGUGAACAAUGUGAGUGUGAUGGAUAAAGUUUAAAAAAAAAAAUGGACCACAAGAUUUGGUCAGCACUACACAGGAGAUCUUUGUUAAGACCUUCAGAAUAUUAAUUAACAGACACACACAAGCUGUCUUUAAGUAUGUAUUAACAAAAAUGGUUUGUAUAAUUUAUACAAGGACAUUUCCAAAAAUUACCAUCCUUAGAUGGGAUUGUUUGCUGUUAUUAUUUUUGAAAAAUGUUUGCAAGGGAUAUAGCUAAAGUCCCCCACCUGUAAGUCUUUGCUUCUAUCAGAUUGACAGGUAAAACUACGGUCGAGUGAGACAGAAGUGAGGUUUAAAAGGACUAUAUGAUAGUCUCUUGUACACUAUAUGAUAGUCUCUUGUAUAUGCCUCAGUUAGAGAGCAGUCGAUUGAGGGAAAAUGUAUUUAAAACGAAGCUGUGUUCUUUCUGUUUGUUCUUCAAAAGACAAUUAGAGAGAGAGAGGAUUUAAUGCCUGUAAAGACAAUGAAUGAAAAAAUAAGCACGACUUUCUUUAAGGAAGUGUGAGAUGAAAUGAUCCAAAAGCAUAAGUGUCAGUGUUUAAUGUUAGUCAUUUUUAUCUGUUUGUUG